CUGUAUUGAAUGAAAUCCCAGAAAAAACAGAAUAGCACGCUUCAUAGUUGGUGGUGAUGAAGAAUUUGAAUCGAAAGCCGGAAAUGGGAAGGAGAAAUGGAGUGAUAGGGCUGGGAUUGAUGCCCGAUCAUUGGCCAACUACUUCUAACAUCAUCAAUGUUUCAUUUCCACUUCCCCCCCAAUAUCCAUCUACCUCCACCACCCCUGCCCCUGAAGAUGAGCCGAAAAGCCAGGAGGAGGAAAUCUCUAAAGGAGAGGAAGCUGUUGCUCAAGUAAGGAAAGAGGUUGACAUCCUCGAGCAUCAGGUAUUUGCAUUGCAAGUUGUUGUGAACAAUGGAAGCAAAGUUGAUGGCAAGGAAAUAAGUUACUUGACUGAGAUGCUUAUGAUGAAGUUGCUUAAAUUGGAUGGCAUUGAAGCUGAAGGUGAAGGGAGAGCUCAGAGAAGGAUGCAGGUACGUCGGGUCCAGGGCAUUGUCGAGAAACUCGAUCUCCUAAAAUUGAGAAACUCAAAGCUAUGACAUGUUUAUUUAUGCCUUGUAUCCAUCCUUUCAUUAUUACAUCCUUUUACGAGUUUACCCUGAAUUGGGGACUUGUGGUAUAUAUAGUACAUGUUUGGGUUGUGAGUCGUGAAAUUUCUUAUACCGGUCAGUGCAUUCAAUAUUUACUAUUAUGUAUUUGCUCAACUUGGAUUAUUGGUUCUGGAAUCACUUUGUUGUAAUGAUAUUUGAUUUCAUCAUUGUACAAAUCUCUUGUUUCUG